UUUGGAGCUGGCUUCUCGCUGGCUGCGCCGAGGGGCUGCGAGUGCUCCCGAAGGCGGGCUGGGGGCGCAGCUCGGUCGCCCGCCCGUGCGGGGCCGAGAGGAGGCCCUGCGGCAGACCCCCGGGCGCGCCGUCUGCUCCCGGAGCCCACCCCGCGGCGCCUGUUGGGUGUGUGCGGGCGCGCCAGGGGCGGGGGUCCGGCCGGGGGCCGCGCGGAUCACCUUCGGACGGGGCUCUUCCGACUCGGAUCAGAGUCAGCUUUGGGCACCGAAACUGCCGAGCAGUCAGGCAAACAAAAGAGGCCACUCAGCCGGUGGCCAGCAGGCGCCCGAGUGCCUCGUCGCGUCCCGUGGGGCGGGGAGAGGGCGCCCCGCCGGCCGGGGAAGAAGAGUUGGCGGCCCGCUGGGUGGCCUCGGUGCUUGUUUUCCCGGCCUGGCUUGUUGUGAAGCCGGACACAUCCACCCUUGGACCCGAUUCAGGAGGCUGCUGCUUUUCUUCUCGCCCCUCUUGGAUUUUCCGGAUUUUUGAAAACCCAGUGGCCCAGGAGGAGGAGAAGGAAGGAGGAAGGAGCAGGUCUGCAGAGGAAUGUGACAGCGGCCCGAGGCCGGGUGGGUGGGGGGCCACAAGGAGCUGGGAGCCGCCGCUGCAGGGUUUCUGGAAAGGUGUUGUUCCAGCGGAAAGUGUCUGUCGACUUCUUACCCUUGCAGAGCUGAUUUUUACGAGUCGCCCGACUUUCUCUCCGGGAGAGAGAGGCUGGAGACACAUCCCCCUUCAGGGGCCGCCCCAGGAAGGCAGGAGGACUAUGGACGUGAGCCCUCCCUGCUCACAGGAAUGUGCCAGGAGAUCUGAUAGGGCAGUUCCUGGGCCAUGGACAUUAUUCUGAAAAGAGGGGUGCUGGACAGAAUCUGUGGGUGCUGAGACCACCCUUAGGGGCUGAGAGACUGAGUUGCUGUGAAAGGCCUCUAGUUGCUAGUACAUCCUUGGGCACCCUGGUGAGUGUCCCCAGUUGCGGGCAGACCCUCUCCUUACCCUCUCCCACCACAGGCCCAGCCAUGGCACUGAGAGGCCGGGCUCUCUACGACUUCUGCAGCGAGAACAAGGAAGAAAUCAGCGUCCGGCAGAAUGAGGACCUGAUCGUCUUCAGCGAGACCUCACUGGAUGGCUGGCUGCAGGGCCAGAACAGCCGGGGGGAGACGGGGCUCUUCCCCGCCUCUUACGUGGAGAUCAUCCGUUCUGGCCCCAGCUCCAACCACGCAGACUGUUCCCGCAGUCCCGCAAGCUCUCUGGGCACCCAGGCGAGCUUGUACGACAGCUCCAGUGUGGCCAGCCCUUCAAGGAGUGGUGGGCACGGUGGCUUCCUCUCAAACCAGGGCAGCUUUGAGGAGGAUGAGGACGAUGACUGGGAUGACUGGGAUGAUGGGUGCACUGUGGUGGAGGAGCCACGGGCUGGCGGGCUGGGCACCAAUGGGCACCCCCCACUCAACCUCUCCUACCCUGGUGCUUAUCCCAGCCAGCACAUGGCCUUCCGGCCCAAGCCACCCCUGGAGCGGCAGGACAGCCUGGCAUCUGCCAAGCGAGGCAGUGUGGUGGGGCGCAACCUCAACCGUUUCUCAUGCUUUGUGCGCUCUGGAGUGGAGGCCUUUAUCCUAGGUGAUGUGCCCAUGAUGGCUAAGAUUGCCGAGACAUACUCCAUUGAAAUGGGUCCUCGUGGCCCUCAAUGGAAGGCCAACCCCCACCCAUUUGCCUGCUCAGUGGAGGACCCCACCAAACAGACCAAAUUCAAGGGCAUCAAGAGCUACAUCUCUUACAAGCUCACACCCACUCACGCUGGCUCACCUGUCUACAGGCGCUACAAACACUUCGACUGGCUCUAUAAUCGCCUCCUGCACAAGUUCACUGUCAUCUCAGUGCCUCACCUGCCCGAGAAGCAGGCCACGGGCCGAUUUGAGGAGGACUUCAUUGAGAAGCGGAAGCGGCGGCUCAUCCUCUGGAUGGACCACAUGACUAGCCACCCUGUAUUGUCCCAGUAUGAGGGCUUUCAGCAUUUCCUCAGCUGCCUGGAUGACAAACAGUGGAAGAUGGGCAAACGCCGGGCAGAGAAGGAUGAGAUGGUGGGUGCUAGCUUCCUGCUCACCUUCCAGAUACCCACGGAGCACCAGGACUUGCAGGACGUGGAGGACCGCGUGGAUACUUUCAAGGCAUUCAGCAAGAAGAUGGACGAUAGCGUCCUACAGCUUAGCGCUGUAGCUUCGGAGCUGGUGCGUAAGCAUGCGGGGGGCUUCCGCAAAGAGUUCCAGAAGCUGGGCAGUGCCUUCCAGGCUGUCAGUCAUGCCUUCCAAAUGGACCCCCCCUUUAGCUCUGAGGCCCUCAACAGUGCCAUUUCUCACACGGGCCGCACCUAUGAAGCUGUGGGUGAGAUGUUCGCUGAACAGCCCAAGAAUGACCUCUUCCAGAUGCUCGACACGCUGUCUCUGUACCAGGGCCUGCUCUCCAACUUCCCUGACAUCAUCCACCUGCAGAAAGGAGCCUUCGCCAAGGUGAAGGAGAGCCAGCGCAUGAGCGAUGAGGGCCGCAUGGCGCAGGACGAGGCGGACGGCAUUCGCCGGCGCUGCCGUGUGGUGGGCUUCGCCCUACAGGCUGAGAUGAACCACUUCCACCAGCGCCGUGAGCUCGACUUCAAGCACAUGAUGCAGAACUACCUGCGCCAGCAGAUCCUCUUCUACCAGCGGGUAGGCCAGCAGCUGGAGAAGACGCUGCGCAUGUACGACCACCUCUGACCACACGCACCUGGCUCCCUCCCCGCUCCCAGGCCCGUUGCUGCAGUGCCCACUGCUGUCCAGGCCUCCCCUCCCAGCAGUGGUGAGGACGGUGGGGGUGGACUUUGGAGGAAUCCUGGGUGUGCCUUAGAGCUAGGAGCGCAGCAGGGGUGAGGCCUGGGCUGCCGGUCAGUCACUUGAGGCAAGGCCACGGUCUUGGCCUCCCCAGAACCUACAGCACCUGCUCACCUGGCCACCAUCCCCUUGCUAAUUCAGCAGACACUGGGGCCUGCUGCAGCUCUGGGUCAGAGGCUGGGUACCCAGGGCUGCCCUUGGGAUGUCUCCAGUGGAAGUGGGGUCAGACACAGAAAUAGACAAGGGCAACGCAGAGUGACCAGUGGUAAAUAGGAGGUUCCUGGAAGCUCACAGAAGGGACCAUUCAUUCUGCUGGUCAGGAAAAGAUCCACAGAGUAGGUGAUAUUCGAGCAGUGUCUCGGAGAAUGGUAAGAACCUGCCAGACAGUAAAUGAUGACAGUAGGUGGGGAGGACUUUCAAAAGAGAGGGACAGUGUGGGCAAAGGUCUGGAGGCAUGAAAACAGCCCUCUCCUCUCCCUCACCUUUCUCAAGCAAGUUUGGUGCCCCCAUGGUGGGGACCCUGGCCUGCAGGACAGAAGGGAAGCCUCUUCCUUGCUCUCCCGUCUCAGUCCCUGCCCCGCCCCCACCCCCCCAGGAGGGGCUGCAGGCCAGCUUUUCUUGACUCCACCUGCUGAGCCCCUGUCACCCCUUGGUUAGUGGACCAUGCAGCAUCUAUUCCCUGGGCUCAAGGUGCUGGGACAAGCUAUGGACCUCAUGACCCUGGUGUCACCUUCCUGGGGGUGACAACUAAAAGUUACCACAUAUUUGAGUUCACCACACUCCAAGUAGGCUUGGGCCCCAGGCCCUCAGGCUCCUUGGUCCCUGUGAACCCCAGAAGCCUUCUUGUUGCACUGCCCAAGGGUCCUAGGCCCGCGUGCCACUGCCAGCCUGUGGUAGGAGCCCCAGCUCCCAGUCGGGUUGUGCUGCCUCCCACCGUGUUCGCAUCCUCGAGGAGGCUGCUCCCUCCCCCUGGGCCAGCACGGAGUCCAGCAGUGGGUAGGGGGGCUGGCAGGUGCCGCCACUGGCUCCCCCAGGAGGUCAUGCCCCCUCCUGGCUACUGCCUUAAUCAUUUUUCUUUCCUUCUUGUUUUCUUGAUAAACCUUUUACAGUUAAGAUAACGAAGGCGUGACUUUUAUUUGGAUCUGGGAGGGGAUGAGAGUGGGGGAAGGAUAAAACCCUACUGUUCCUGAGAGCUGUUGGACCAGAUUCUGGAAUCAUGAUGGGUGCAAAAUCUACCCUAGAACCUCAAAAGUUGUGGGGAGGGCUGUAUGGGUGGGAAGUGCCAGGUGGGGUGCCAGAGGGGCCAUGGAUCCCAGCCGGAUGUGCACCCUCCCAGGCCCCACUUCUCAUCUCAGAAGGGCUGAGUCCUGCCAGGGGUCUCGCCGUGCUUCUCCAUCGUGCAGGCAGAGGGUCGCGUGAGGAUGACAGGAGGUCACGUCUCAGGACCGUCUAAUCCACAGGGGGUUCCUCUCCCCAGGCAGGCCGGUCCCAGCCAUGCCCCAGGAAAGGUCUGUUCCGGGAGAGGUGGGGCUUCCCAGAGACUGUGUCCUUCCCCAAGCAACAGGGUGCCCGUCCCUGUAGUAGCUUCCGUGCUGGAACUGAGGAGGACCCCCAGCCAUGCCCGGUCAGGAGCACAGGAAUCUGUCCACGCACAGGGACGAGGAGCGCUGGUGCGACCCAUGGUUCUCCCGCUGGCAGUGGGGACUUGGGGGAGCCCCGUAGGCCGGGGCCCGGGGAGCUCGGUGCAGUGGGGAGGGGGCACAGGGUGCAGACCCAGUGACAAGGGCGUAGCAAAGGCUCCUCGUUCAGGGAAGUGUGUCCUCAGAGACACUCUGGGAUGGGCCUCUGGCCCUGGGUCAAAAUUAGGUCAGAUUGGGACUUUCUGUGGAAUUUUCCCCUCCCUCUUCCCUGCCCUCCUUCCUUCAUUUUCCAACACAUCCAAAGGCCUUCCCACCCUUAACUAACUCUUCCCAACUUUGCCCUCUAGAUGGCCUUUAGCAGAGGGCACCCCAGCCACAGGGAUGGUGGGAGGCUCUUCCCAAGGCCUGUCUGGGCAGGGGUGGGGGGGACGCCCCUCUUGACCCGCAGUGCCUGGAAAGUCCCGUCUGUGCCUCCUUCCUGCCCUGGGAGAAUUACUGCCUUCUUGCAUCCCUUCUUUGAGAGGGGGUCCCUUCCCAUGCUUCCCAUCCUCAGGGUGAGGGAAUGGGUCUGAAUUUUCUCAGGAGGGACUUGGGCCUAGGAGAAAAGUCAGAAUGUGGAGUCUUGGGCCAGGCCCAGCCUGCCCCGGGUAUCCUGAGGUCUCUAGGCCAGGACAGGUGUGGGUGUGGUGGGAAGUGAGGAUGUCCCAGCCCCUCUCUCUGGUCUCUCUCUGUCUCUCUGCUGACUGGGAUGUUGGGAGAAGCUGAAUUCAGGCUGGGCUGGCUAGAGGCCCUUCCAGCAGGGGACUAGGGCCUGGUAGCAGGGUUGGGGGUGUCCUGGUGGUGGCAGGACCUGCUGGCUGGCCUCAGUCACAUGUCAGGCAGAUGUUCCAGCCUGAGCUGGGCCCAGCUGCCUCUAGUCCCCUCCCUCACAUUGGUACGGGGAGGCAGGGACGGAAAACAAGGCCUCUCUUUCUGCGCUGGGCAGCUCUCAGGACCUGGGGGCGGGGGUGGGGUCCCUUGAUCCUCAUCUUGGCCAAGCCCGGGAGAGGAGUCUUCUUUGUGGGCAUUUGUGGGGGUUGGGGAUGGAGGUGGCCCUCGGUUCUGUAUCCUGUCACCUCCUGGAUAUAGGAGGGCCAUCUGUGAACCACUGUGCCAUGGCCAUGCCGCAGUUGGAGCAGAGCCGGGCCUGGGGGAGAUAGGUGCCUCAGAGUGGCACCACCCCCUGCACUGUGGCAUAGCCACACAGUCAUCCACAUGUCCACAUGGUCAGAGACAGAGUUACCCAACCGAAAACAGUCACAGAGCCUCACAACUUGCACACGGGAACACAGGCCAUGCCUGGCCGUACAUGCACAUGUGCAUGGUCAUGUGCCAGCAUAGUUGCACUCCCAGGCACAAUGAUACACAUUUUCACAUCCACAGCCACAUGCACACUCAGCCACUUCUCACACACUGUUCAUUCACUCUGUCAGUCUCAGUCAUGUCAUGAUUCACACCCAUACACAGUCCUGUGCACCGAGUAUUACCCUCACACAGUGACACACACACAGACACAUAUGGCCACCAAGUCCUACAUGCACAUAACAGAGGUGUGACACACAUGGAACUGUGCCUGGACUGAACCUGCACCACCUCCUGGGGGCGCCAGCCAUGAUUAUCCACCAUCCGACAAGUUCAAUUCCUCAUUGCACAGACAGGGAACUUGAGGUCUAGUGAGGGGUGGCAGCCGGCUGUGUCACCUAGUAGGCCUGGGGGAUGCUGAGGCCACAGCGCAGCUCCUAUAGCUCCUAUAGUGGCUCGGCCUUGCCUACCACUGGGCGAGUCCCCAGAGCCAGGCAGCCUCAGAAGCUCCCUGGCUGAACCCACCCAACAAAGCUCCAGGCAUCUCCCAACUCUCAGGCCAGAGCUGAGGCUUCAGCGUCCACGUGAGCAGCUGCCGGGAUGCAGCAGGCAGGGCCUGGGCCUGGGCCUGGGCGGGAGGAGCAUUCCUGCUCCGUCUCCUCCCCAAGCAUGCAAGGACGGGCUGCCCUGCCUGCUUGCCUGCUGACUCAGACCUCCGGGAGCCAAGCCUGCCCUGCGCUCCACCCACCCAACCUGCUUCCUCACCAGUUCGGCUCCAGCAUCUCUCUCCCUCUGGGCGGCAGAAGGAAAUGGUGAGCCUGGCAAAAAGACCAUGCAGCAAAAUAAAAGUUCACUUCCCCCAGACGCUCAGAAGGGCUGUCUGUAAAACCCGGCUCUGGGGUUCUCAACAUACUUUAACACAAACCUUUUUUCCCUUUGGUUUUGUUUUGUUAGUCCAACCCUAGCCUAGUCCAGGCUGUUUAAAGAGCAGUGCCUCACACAGCUGCAGCUGCCUGGGUCUGCCCAGCAGCCAGGUAGGCGUCAUUCUUCCAUUUCCCAGAGGGAGAGACCGGGACAUGGCCGGAGGAGGAUGGGACUGGCCUGGGAUCGCGCAGUGAGGCCAGAGCUGUGCUCUCCCCAGCUCUCUGGCUUCAUUACUUAGUCACCUUGAUUAACUCAUUUCGGUCAGUCGAGAGGAAGAGGGAGUGGCAGGUCUCUGCUCCAGAGUGCGAGAGGACGGGAGGCUGCCAGCCCCAAGGGCUGAAAUGUGAGAAGGUUUGAGGGUAGGGUGAGUCCCGUAGCCCCCCCAAGAGGCUGAUGAUGGUGUGGCAUUGGGGCACCUGCGGUGACUCAGGAUCUCUGUUUACAAACAUGUACGAGGAACAUCACUUUUCUGUAACUGACCUGAAUUUCUCUUUCGUUUUCUCAUUCUAACACAUGGUAGAAAAGUAACCUCAAACCAAGUCUGCGGCCCCUCCUUUCCACAGGGCGCAUGUAGGUUUUGGGAGCGGCACGCCUGAAGACCGCUGUCAGGCCCCUGGCAUGCUGAAUUCUCCAGGCUGAAUCCCAUAUGAAAAUUUGCCUGCAUCCCACAUUAAAGAUCGUUUAUAUAUA